GCUUUCUAUCACGGUCUGGUCACACUAGCCAUUAUGCAUGCACUUCGUAAUUUAGCCGGCAAUGGAAAAGCAAAUGCGUUUGGCGGAGGGAUCAGGCGCCGCCUCAGCUAUGUACUGGGCAUCGAGACCUCCUGCGACGACACGGGCAUCGCCAUCGUGGAUACCACAGGCCGGGUGAGGGCGAAUGUGCUGGAGUCGCAACAGGAGUUCCACACCCGCUACGGAGGGAUAAUCCCGCCCAGGGCCCAGGAUCUGCACCGCGCCCGCAUCGAGUCCGCUUACCAGCGCUGCUUGGCAGAGGCGCAAUUGAAGCCGGAGCAACUGACGGCCAUCGCGGUGACGACGCGACCCGGUCUACCGCUGAGCUUGCUGGUGGGCGUGCGCUUCGCACGGCACCUGGCCCGUCGCCUGCAGAAGCCCCUGCUGCCAGUUCACCACAUGGAGGCCCACGCGCUGCAGGCCCGCAUGGAACAUCCAGAGCAGAUCAGCUUCCCGUUCCUCUGUUUGCUGGCCAGCGGCGGCCACUGUCAAUUGGUUGUGGUUAACGGCCCCGGUCGCCUGUCGCUUCUUGGCCAAGCACUGGACGAUGCGCCCGGCGAGGCUUUUGACAAGAUCGGUCGUCGAUUGCGCCUGCACAUCCUGCCGGAGUACCGUCUGUGGAACGGAGGACGAGCCAUUGAACACGCCGCCCAGCUGGCCAGCAAUCCGUUAGCCUACGAGUUUCCGCUGCCACUCGCCCAGCAGCGUAACUGCAACUUCAGCUUCGCCGGCAUCAAAAACAAUUCCUUCCGCGCCAUCCGAGCGCGCGAGAGGGCAGAGCGGACGCCUCCGGACGGGAUCAUCAGCAACUAUGGCGACUUCUGCGCUGGCCUGCUGCGUGCUGUCAGCCGGCACCUGAUGCACCGCACCCAGCGGGCAAUUGAGUACAGCCUCCUGCCGCAGAUGCAGCUCUUCGGUGACACCCCGCCCACACUAGUCAUGUCCGGCGGUGUGGCCAAUAACGAUGCCAUAUACGCCAAUAUCGCCCACCUGGCCGCGCAGUACGGGUGCAGGAGCUUCCGGCCAUCCAAGCGCUACUGCUCCGACAACGGCGUCAUGAUCGCCUGGCACGGAGUUGAGCAACUACUACAGGAUAAAGACGCCAGCCUGCGCUUCGACUACGACUGCAUUGAUAUCCAGGGCAGCGCGGGAUUCGCCGAGUCCCACGAGGAAGCUGUCACUGCGGCGGCACUCAAAUGCAAGUGGAUACAGCCACUGCGUUGACCAUUAGCGCGGUUAUGUUUGAUACAAAAAGCUUCUGUAAUAAAUGCAUCCUUGAUUGUUGUUAA